AUGCUGCAGGCUUUCCAGCUGCGAAAGGAAGACAAAGAGGAGGCAAGGGUUCCGGCCGUCCAGGCAUCCAUCGCGCGUGAGGCGUACCGAGUACGCGACAGGCUUGGGGAUGAGGACGAGGAUGACGAGGAGGGGGGGAUGAAGUCGGAGGAACAGACUUCGGUCACGUCAGAGUCGAGGAAGUCAGGCUCGUGCGGGGAGGAUGAUGAGGUGGUGAUAACGAAGUUGGUUGAGCGGAGUUUGGUAAGGACAGUCGAAUAG